UCCUACCCCCACCUCCUUUUACAGCUGAGUGACUCGAAGGGAAAGCUAUUUUCUUUCUCUUUCACUUCUUAUUUGCUUCCUUUUUUGACCGUUUUUUAAAUCUUUCCCUGUAUUGCGAAAGCCCGGAAAACCCCGGGACUCAGAAGCAGAGACAUCAGAAUAAAAACCAAGAGUCAAGAAGUAGGGGAGUAAAGCGAGAACAGAGGAAACAGAAGUCACUGCCCUCAGAGUAAGCGAGACCGGGUACUGUGAAAGUGGAUUGGAGUACAUUUGUUGUAAGGCUCCUUCUGGUUAAAACUGUCCAAUCCUACAAUUCACAUACACAUAAAUUGAGACAGAGAGAAGACAUCACUGCUUUCUCUUGUACAUUGGAUGAGAAGAGACAGAAACUAAAUGACUCACAAAUGUUUGGAUUGACUAGAUCGAAAAGUCUCUGGUUCUUAAAGGAAAGAAGAGGCUCCUAUCACAGAUAUGGGGAGUCACAGAUGAUAGCAGGAGAACAGUCCUGUGGGUGCCACCCCUUGGCUCCAUAUUUACAAAUAACAAGUGGGCCUCUCAUGCUCAUUUGAUCAGACUUUCCAUUUGCAGAUAACAAAAUACUUUCAACAUGGCUGCUGAUGUCCAGAUGCCAGCCCCAGUGUGUCUCAUUGAGAAUAAGAAAGGAGAACUGAUGGUGAACCAGAAAUCGCUGGAGAUUCUUUCUUCAAUAACUAAGCCUGUAGUGGUGGUGGCUAUUGUGGGCCUGUAUCGCACUGGCAAGUCCUAUCUGAUGAAUAAGCUGGCAGGGAAAAAGUCAGGUUUCUCCCUUGGCUCCACUGUGCAGUCUCACACUAAAGGCAUCUGGAUGUGGUGUGUUCCUCAUCCCAAGAAACCAAAUCACACCCUUGUUCUCCUGGACACUGAGGGCCUGGGUGACGUGGAGAAGGGUGACAACAAGAAUGACACUUGGAUCUUUGCCCUGGCUGUGCUACUGAGCAGCACCUUUGUCUACAACAGCAUGGGCACCAUCAACCAACAGGCGAUGGACCAGCUGCAUUAUGUGACUGAGCUGACAGAUCGCAUAAAGAGCAAAUCUACCCCCAACACUGAUGAUGUAGAAAAUUCCGCAGAAUUUGUGAGCUUCUUUCCAGAGUUUGUGUGGACUGUACGUGAUUUCACCUUGGAGCUGGAAAUUAAUGGGAAACCCAUCACCCCUGAUGAGUACCUGGAGAUCUCACUGAUGCCUAAGAAAGGCAAACCUGAGGAAGUUAAAAUGUACAACCUACCUCGUCUAUGCAUCCGCCAGUUCUUCCCCAAGAAGAAAUGCUUUAUCUUUGACCGACCCGCCCACCGAAAGAAGCUGUCUCAGCUUGAAAAACUUCAUGACAGUGAACUGGAACCUGAAUUUGUGGAACAAGUUGAAAGCUUCUGCUCCUAUAUCUUCCAGCAUUCCAAUGUGAAAACUCUCCAGGGAGGCAUCACAGUCAAUGGGCCCCGUCUAGAGAAUCUUGUCCUGACCUACGUCCAGGCCAUCACCAGUGGAGAUAUGCCCUGUAUGGAGAAUGCAGUCCUGGCACUGGCUCAAAUAGAGAACACAGCUGCAGUUCAAAGGGCCCUUACAUAUUAUGAAGAGAUGAUGAACAAAAGGGUCCAGUUCCCUACAGAAACCCUUCGGGAGUUGUUGAACAUACAUGCCAUCUGUGAGAAGGAAGCUAUUGAAGUCUUCAUCAAGGAUUCUUUCAAGGAUGUGGACCAGAAAUUCCAGAAGGAAUUGGCGAGCCAGCUAGAAACCAAGCGUGAUGGCUUUUGUAGAAGGAACCAGGACGAGUCAGCAAAACGGUGCAGAGCUUUGAUUCAGGAUAUUUUCAAUCCUCUGGAGGAAGCAGUGAAGGAUGGGACCUUCUCUAAACCAGGCGGCUAUGGUCUCUUUCUGCAGAAGACCAAGGAGCUAAAACAGAAAUACUACCAGCAGCCCGGGAAGGGGUUACAGGCUGAGAAGACUCUGCAGGAAUACCUGAUGUCCAAGGAAGACACAGCUGAUGCAAUACUGCAGGCAGACCAGUCACUCUCAGCAAAGGAAAAGGAUAUUGAAGUGGAGCGUGUGAAAGCUCAGGCUGCAGAGGAUGCUAAAAAGCAAUUAGAGGAACUGCAAAAGAAGACCGAGGAGAUGAUGAAGCAGAAGGAAAAAAGCCACCAGGAGCAUGUAAAGCAACUGACUGAAAAGAUGGAAGCAGAAAGGAAACAGUUAAUAGCAGAGCAAGAGAGGGCCCUGGCUCUAAAACUUCAGGAACAGGAACAAUUACUAAGAGCAGGAUUCCGAAAUGAAGCAGAGCAGUUUGAAAAGCAAAUCAAGUCUCUGGAGAAAAGAAUGAGUGAAUCCAAAAGUGGUGGUUGUAUCAUAUUAUGAAGACUGAGGCCUUCUCCCUCUCUUCACCUCCAACAUAACCUGAGGGAGAGAGUUCAGGAUCCCUGUGAUUUGUGGAACACUUGUAGUGUGAGAGCUAUUGAAAUGCAAGGCUUACAAGCCUGAGGGUAUGAUUUAUUUAGUUUUCUGUUCACUUGUAGCUAGAGCAUAUUUGAAAAACCUAGUGAUUUUCCUUAAACACCUGUGAUGAUUUUAAAACAGGGGAAAAGUGUGUGACUGUCCCUUUGCAUUCGAUUCCUAUUUCAAAUGUCUCUGUCAACUUUUCUCUUUUUUCUUGAAUAAAGUAUGGCUCUUGGUAUUCAUAUGAAAAUCAUAUAUAGAGCUAUAUUUAGAAAUAAAACAAUAUCUUAUGAAUGAU